CGUUGAUCUUCUUCUUCUUCCUCUUUUUUGGAAGCCAACUCUAACUCGAAAUCCUUGAGGGAAGAGAGGGAAAGAAAAAAAAAGAAUUGAAGAAAAAAGAUGAGCGGAGAAUGGAAAAAUGUAGUCCCGCGCGGCGACCCCCGGAGCCAGUACCAUUAUGGCACGUUUCAAGGCGUCGCCAACUACUACCCUCCUUUCCCUCAACCACUUCCCCAGCCGGUCGUUGGCUUUCCUCGUCCUGUUGUGCCUUCCGGCUCCGCCAGCACCAGCGUCCCUUUCCAUGGUUAUCAAACCGUUUCGGGUUAUCCCAUUCCUGAAGACACAUUUGUGAUAGAGCAUCGCCUUCCUUUUUGUGGUCUUGGGAUGGGCUGGUUGUUGUUUUUCCUGGGUUUCUUCUUUGGUGGUAUUCCCUGGUACCUUGGAACUUUUAUCCUUCUGUGCGUACGUGUGGACUAUAGAGAAAAACCUGGAUAUGUUGCAUGUGCUAUAGCGUCUAUUCUUGCUAUGAUAGCUGUUACUUUUGGCGUAACAAAGGGAGCUCAUGCUUGGUGAGGUAAAUAUAACAUUGAAACUAAGUGUACAGUCAUGGAAUGCCAUGAUAAUGGGUUGUAAUCUCAAUUUGAAGAAACCUUAUUCUAAUUUAUAAUGCAAAUGCAUCUUCAUUACCAAGUCUUUCUUCUGAAGAGAUUACAGAAUUUAUUCACUGCAUAGCUGCCUAGCAUUGAAUUAGCAAGUGUAAAUACUCAUAUUUUUCCUUUUUGAACAUAAACUGAAGGUAAUAUU